UUUAGAAGCUAUGUUUUGUUCUGUUGCAGCACAAAUAUAUUAUAUUUAUAUAACUGGGCAAAUGAUUACCAUUCUUGUUUGCUGCUCCGAAGGUCUAUUCGUUAUGGCAAUGAGAUCGGUUCAUUUAUCUAAAGAGUUACAAGAUAUCGAAGAUGAUGCCACGGCCGUAUUUUUCCAAGGAAUGAUGGAGAAGCAUUUAGAGAUAAGAGAAUUUUUUCAACAGAUAAACAAACAAUGGAAAAUACUUUUUCCUUUAGUCUACAGUCAUUCAGUAUACCUCUGCUGCAUUUUAUUGUAUGGAGCUAUUUUUGUCGACAUGGAUGAAUCGUUGCGUCAAGUUACCGCCAUUGUUGCGUUAGUAAUGCUUAUAGGGUGUCUGUUCGUUUCCUGGGCUCUAUCUGCUAUGACAUCAAUGAUCUACGACAAUUUUGUAUCAGUAGCAGUGUUUUCUUCUGUUUCGUUCCCAUUGAGAUUCAAAUAUAAAGUAUGUAUUUUUAUCGAAUAUUUCAUUAUUUUCUCUUAUCUUAUUUGUGUUUUACUGUUUGCACAGAUGGUUUGUUUCCUGAAGAGAUUUGGAAGAAACCCAAUAGGAUUAUCAAUGGGCGGAUAUUUCUUUAUCAAAAGGAAUUUUUUAAUUCGAAUGGCAAGUGGACUUUAUUCAGAAUUUUCUACUUUACUUCAGUUAACUGGAGUUUUGGAUCGAAAGAAAUGCACCAGACACAUUACGAAUGAGUACAGGAUGUCUUUACAAAACGAAACGAAUGUUUAAGAUAGGUCACACUUGCAUUCAGAUAAUCUCAUUUCAGAACUGAAUAUAGAAAUAAAGACUAUCGUAACUAUGGUCCAUUCGCUGUAACUUCGUGCAUGAAACGAAGUAGUAAACCAAAUCCUUCAUCACUUAUGCUACAAAAUGUAUC